CGCACUGCGGCAUGUGCGCGCUCUAUAUUUUCUGGACGAUCGAUCAUCGAUCUGGGCGUGUACCUAGUAGCAUUCCUGCUUCCUGCAUUAUCUUACAAGGAACCUGCGAGCGUAUUUCAACCCCGUGGAGUAGCUACCUUCGAUAGGAGGAACUCAGUGAACGUUGUAUGGUGGUCCAGAUUGAGAUGACAGCAGAGGACGUCUCCAACGAGGUCCGACGCUACUCCAUCCUCGUGGGGUUUCUUCUCGUCGCCGUCUUUGUCGUGCCCUGCGUGGCCUUUGCCCUCCUCUCCAAGUACUGCCAGAAACAGCGAAGGAAGCGUAGGCAACCAACUGUGAGGUCACUGCUUGAGCUCCAGCACAAGUCCUCUGUGUUCAUUCGUGGCAUCCCGAUCCCCGAGGAGGAGCCGAUGACACUCAUGGGCACAAAGGACAGCUCCUCUGAGUCCACUACUACUAACAGUGUCAACAGCUACGGGCCAGUCGGGCAGGUGGAGUGCCCACUGGAGAAAUUCAAGGACAUGGAGAAGACAAUUGCUCUGGGCUCCUCUCUCUCUUGUCUGGACAUGUGGAAAGUCAGGAUUCCGUCCGUGGUAUCCAGAAAGGAAAUGAUAGGCAAACUGGUUCUGAUAAAAAAGAUCAGUGCCCUGGAUGCCAAGGCCCACAUUCCGUGUCUGAAGGCUGACAUAGCCACUCUCUCUCGGAUCCCUCCUCACCCUCACCUCCUUAACCUCAUUGGGGUCUGCAACAGUGGAGGUGUUCCUCAGGCAGUAAUGCUGGAGUACCCGCUGCACGGAAGGCUCCACUCGUUCCUGGUCCUCAAGAGAAAAUGUCUGCUGUCCGGAAACAGCAAGCAGUGGCACGGCUGGUUGCAGAGAGACAGCGAGAAGGGAGUGGCAGAGGUGGUUCGGAGUGACAUGGCCAAUCUGUGUUCCCUGUUAGCCGACGCUGAAGUCCGCUGCAAUCCGUACUCCCGGCCGCUCAAUUUGACCUUCACCGACACUGACCUCCUCCUGUUUGCGCUCCAGAUAGCCUCCGCCAUGGACCACCUCAUCCAGAGGAAUAUACUACACAAGGGCUUGUCCAGUGAGAAUCUGAUGAUUGGUUCCGAGUUCUACCUGAAGCUGACUGGCAUCUACACCGACAAUGGAAACAGACACAGAGAGCCCUCCAUGAGGCAGCUCAAGAGAACUGCUAGUGUAAGCAUUAUACCAGCCCUCGGAUUUUGAGUGUGUUUUUACGUCUUUCUAUAUACGGGGUGUCUGUGAAUUGCUGUAGGGUCGUAAUCUCUUCAAGUGGGAUGCCCCCGAAGUGAUGGAAAUGGGCCAGCACACGGAGAAGACUGAAGUAUGGAGGUUUGGAAUGACAGUGUGGGAGGUGAGCAGUCUCGGGGACAUCCCAUUUGCCGACACCCCCAACCGGACCCUCUCGGAGAUGGUCAAGAGCGGCCAGCGUCCGCAGGCACCGGAAAACUGCUCUGGCAGACUGUACGAGCUGAUGAUGGAGUGCUGGGACCUGAACCCCAAUCUCAGGCCAACCUUCAGCUCCAUCCUGGAGCGCAUCCAGAACAUGAUCCUGUGCAAACAGGAGGGUAUUCAAUCAAUGGGGGAUGAUCAGGACAACCGUCGGCACAGCAACACAUCUCCCGACCUGAUUGAAAAUGGCGGGAGUUCGCCUGGCCUCAGCGAACAGUUGUCCCCCUCGCUCCCCUUGUCUCCCUUCUCUGUCAGUUCUCUGAACCUGCGUCGUUCCAGGCCCAGCGUGGACCUCGAGGGAAUUCCUGAAGUUAACUUUGAAACAGACGCUUGAAUUGUUAUUGCAUAGGAGCACCUCCUCUCUAUAUACUAGCACUGCUGCAGCUAUCACAUCAUUGAAUACUUCUCACCACCAAAUUUUUUGUCUGUAUUUAUGAUUCAUCACUUUUCACUGUCGUUUGUAUUAAUUUCUGUGGUUGUAGAUAUAAGAGUCAUACUGAAAUGGAAUGGGAGAUACUCGCACAAAAUGCACAUAAAACGCCCUGGAAAGUGAUAAAAUUAAUAAGUAAUGUUCAUGAACCGGAAGUAGUCCCUUAUAUAAGGAGCUGAAGUUC